AUGAGCAAGCUCAAUACCUCUAUUUCUGCUUCAUAUUUACGUCCCAUAGUUUUAUUAGUUUUAUUUCUUGUUUAUGCAUCAACACAAAAUAUUGAUGGUUUAUCAAAUUAUCAAUAUGAAAACGAAGAAAUCAAACAUAUCCUAAUACCACAUGAUUCAUUCUUAUUGGAGAAUAUCAAUAGUCGUUCAGGUCGUUCAGUAAUAACAUCUAAUUACAAUUUACCAUAUGGUCAAAUGCGUAUAAUAGGUUAUAAGAAACGUACAAUUCCAAUUGAACUUCAAAAGGCUCUUUAUGCUCAUGGAAUAGUUGGACGACGACGUUAA